CUACCAUACAGACGUCAGUGACUGUAUGCUACCGUGAAGAUGGCGGAGGCUGCGGCGGCACCACAAAACCGUUUUUUCUGUCACUGUUGUAAAGGUGAAAUCGACCCGAAACUCCCGGAAUUCACAUGCCCCAGGUGUGAGUCCGAUUUCAUUGAGGAGGUGACAGAAGGCUCCAGUCUCUUGGAGAACAGCAGCACUGCAGAGGCCAAUGAUGAUGCAGGCACACUCUUUUCAGAGCUGUGGCAGCUGCUGUUUAUGGAACACUCUGCUCUUCUCUCGGACCCCUCCACCUCUGAGUCUGAGUCUGACCAGAGCCAUCUACAGGCUGCCGCAGUGGAGGGAGACGUAGAGGGCCCUUCUGAAGUGCCUGUGGCCUCUGUGGGAGGCACAGAUCCUUUAGUGCCUGAACCGGAACGCCCCUCUCGUCCGCCUAGCCAGGGGAGGCGACAGUCCCACACGCCAGCAGUGGAGGGUAUUGUGCAGCAGUUUUUGGCUGGUCUGUUUGCCAACAAUGGAAAUCCAGGCAUCGCACCAGCUGCACUGUCUGGCAUGCUCCAUUCAAAUCCAGGGGACUAUGCCUGGGGUCAGGGAGGUCUAGACGCAGUUAUCACAGAGUUGUUAGGUCAGUUUGAGGGCACAGGUCCACCUCCUGCAGAGAAGGAGAUGAUCUCAUCCCUCCCCACAGUCAACGUCUCUCAAGAACAGACAGAUAGCAGACUGGAGUGUCCAGUAUGUAGGGAGGAGUACUCCAUGGGAGAGUCUGUCAAACAGCUGCCCUGCCUCCAUUAUUUCCACAGUGACUGCAUAGUGCCAUGGCUUGAACUGCACGAUACCUGUCCUGUGUGUCGUAAAAGUCUUGACGGCAUCGACCAGAGCAUCCAGCCCCCACCAGAAACCCCAGAGCCCCUCUCCAUCAGGACAGACCCUCAGGAGGAGAGACAGGCUAUUUGAGGAUUAGGCCUCCCUCUCUUCGACCUGUCUGGCAUCUCUUCUUCCCUUUACUCCUGAACGAGGCUCAUCUCUAUCCUCAUGCCUCGUCUUUGACCAUGCGUUUAUUGAAGAGACAUAUUUCAAUUCAACUGUGCCUCAUUGUCAAAAUUCAACUCUCCUCAAAAAUUCACUUCACAAUGCAUUUACUAGGGAACUUUGUUUGACUUUAGAAAGUUGCAAUAUGCCUGCAGUAUCACCUCACCUGCAAAUGGUUCCAACUGUUUUCUGACAAAAUGUUAUGGAUUCAAUUUGUCCCUUCGUAGUGGUAUUUCCCCCAGUGUUCUGAUUGGCUCUCAUUUUGUAUUCAAACCACAUGAACUGACAUCCUUGAGCCACAGAGAAGUGACAAAUGUGAUGAAAUUAGAUAAAUUGGGGAAAAUCCUAAAAGGUGAGCUAAACUCACUCUCUUGCGUUGAUGCUCUGGGUUAGAUCAUUUGCCCACUGUUCUCGCCGACAUCUUUGGUUGCAUCCCAAUAAUCUCUCCUUUCUCCUGAAGGGUACACUUGUUCACUUCAUGGAUUUGAAAGGAAAUGACUGGUAUAUGGAAACUCCUUCCAGUCCAUGCAUGCUACACCAAUCCAAUGCUUUCACAUUUGUGGGGAGUAGUGAAUGAGUACACACUUCCGUAGGAAGAAAUUCAAAUUCUCCCGUCUCCCGCUUCCUCUUAAUCUCACAUGCAGUAUUUGUUAAUAAUGUCCACCUCUCUUUAUGGCCCCUAUUAAACCCUAAUACUUUGUCCUUUACACUAUCCACCUCCUUCAUGUUCUAACUUUAUGCACUUUUCUAAUGCAUUAGUAUCUUGCCUCUUUCAAUCAUUCUGUUUUUAAUACGUACAAGUCACAGCAAAAUAAUAAAUAUGUUUUUAGUAUUUGA